AUGGCAGACACACAAUAUACAAUUGUUUCACUAAGAGAAUUAAAUACCAAGCUUAUAGUUGAGAUUACUGAACUUAAAGAGAAGUAUGCUAAGGUUGAGGCUGAAAAGGCUGAACUUGAGAUUAAGAAUACCGAGCUUUUAAAACAGAUUAUGAAAGAAAAUAACAAACACAAAGCUGAUCAUACAAAACUUAAAGAAGAUACUACUAACCUCAAGACCAAAAACACUGAGCUUGAAGCUGAAAAUGCAUUUUCUACAGAAGAGAUUUUGUCUACUUUAUCUGAUACUUCAAAUUUUAAUGAAUUUAAUAAUGUUCCAAAUUCUAAU